CUCCUGCAUUGUAGGCUUUUUUGUUUUAUGGAUUUUCGGGUCAGCUUUUGCUAAACCCAAUUUAGUCACGUGACUAUAUUUCAACAUGGCGCUUUGCUGUGCAAUUAGUAACGAAGUACCUGAACAGCCUGUAAUUUCUCCUGUUUCUGGACACAUCUUUGAAAGAAGAUUGAUUGAAAAGUUCAUUCAAGAAAAUGGCACAGACCCCAUUGCAAAUGAAAAGUUGUCAGUUGACAUGCUUAUACCAGUCAAGACAUCAGCUAUUGUUAAACCAAGACCACCAUCAGCCACAAGUAUUCCUGCUAUUCUCAAGUCUCUUCAAGAUGAAUGGGAUGCAGUAAUGCUGCAUAGCUUUACACUGAGACAGCAACUGCAGACAGCCAGACAAGAGUUGUCUCAUGCUUUGUACCAGCAUGAUGCUGCAUGUCGUGUCAUUGCUCGUUUGAUCAAGGAAGUCACAGCAGCCAGAGAAGCUUUGGCCACCUUGAAACCACAGGCUGGUCUCACAGCAGCAGUCCCUGGCUACAAUGCUCCUGCUCCCAACCCAUCUAUUGCUGCCGAUGCAGGACCAGAGUCUGCUUCACAACCUGCUGAGGAGGCUGUCAUGAGUGAUGACAUUAUUAAAAAGCUCCAAGACAAAGCUACACUUCUUACUGCUGAAAGAAAGAAGCGUGGUAAAACAGUGCCAGAGGGAUUGGCCUCAAGUGAAGAUAUUCGAAAUUAUCGUCAAUUGGCUUCCCAUACGGGUCUACACAGUGCUAGUGUUCCUGGUAUCCUAGCUGUUGAUGUCUGUCUAAGAGACACCUCCAGGAUUGUCACUGGUGGCAAUGAUAAGAAUGCUGUUGUCUUCAACAAAGAUACUGAGCAGGUCAUGGCUAUCCUCAAGGGUCAUACAAAGAAAGUUACAAGUGUCAUCUACCACCCCGAGGAGGAACUGGUUAUCACUGCCUCCCCUGACAACACCAUCAGGGUGUGGGGAAUCACAACUGCAUCCUGUGGUCAAAUCAUCCGGGCCCACGAUGCUCCUGUCACUGGUAUCAGCUUGCAUGCAACAGGCGACUACCUGCUAUCAUGUUCCACAGAUAUGUAUUGGGCUUUCUCUGAUAUUCGAACUGGACGUAUAUUGACCAAAGUUGCUGAAAAAUCUGGACAAAUGUCUUCUGCCUUGACCUGCGCCCAGUUUCACCCUGACGGUCUCAUCUUUGGCACUGGCACUGAUGAUUCUGUUAUAAAGAUCUGGGAUCUUAAAGAGAGAACAAAUGUAGCAAACUUCCAAGGACACCAAGGGCAGAUUACAAGCAUCUCAUUUUCUGAAAAUGGUUAUUAUCUAGCAACAUCAGCUGAAGACUCAGUUGUUAGGUUGUGGGAUCUUAGGAAGCUCAAGAACUUUAAGACUCUACAGUUAGAAGAUAACUAUCAAGUCAAAGGGCUUAGUUUUGACCAGAGUGGAACGUACCUUGCUGUAGCUGGCUCUGAUGUUAGGGUGUAUUUGUGCAAACAGUGGAGCGAGCUUGCAGUUUUUAAUGACCACACUGCUGCUGCCACUGGGGUGAGAUUCGGCCACAACUCAACAUUCAUUACAUCCGUCAGUAUGGAUCGUUCAGUCAAGUUUUUUGGUCCUGUUGAGUAAAAGUUUGAUGUGUGUGAGACUGUUUUAUUAGGCUAAUGGAGUUACACUUAUUUUAUUUUAAUGGCUAAAUUUUUAAGAGAAGUAGUGAUUUGGUUUUCUAAAGUACAAGAUCUGUUAUGAUAAUCACUGUGUUUUCCUUUUAUCCUCAAUAGAUGUUCAUAUAUGUAAUUUUUCCAAUGUUUUAGGAAAUUUCUUUGUUUAAAAAUUUUGAUAAGAGCUUAAAAAAAGUACUUUUAAACUUACAUUUCACUAUUACUACCUUAAAAUGUAAACUAACACUGGAAAAAAAAAAUUUCAUAAAUCUGAUUGAAAGAACUGCAGCUGGAAUAAAGAGGUCUGGGGGUCGUCUAUCCUUAAGUGUUGGUUGUUUGGAACAUCAACUUACACUGAUUUGCCUUAUCAGUGUUAUUUCACCCCAUGCUAGUUAAACUUUUUAGAAUGUACAGGUUAUACUUUUAGUGGGUAUCAAAUGUGUUUUUAUAAUAUCCGAGUAACACAAUACAUCUGAAAAGACUGUUUGGUGGGGAGUUGUCUUUGUUUCAUGUCAUAAACAGUUUGUUUUGUGGCUUUGUGUGAAUGUUUUUUGUACAUUUGAUGAGGUUUUUACUAUACUUGCAACUGUUGACCAAUGCUGGGUUCAGUGAGUGUUUAGUCCCACAUAAACAGCUCAGUACUCUGUAGCUUUUAUUGAGACACUUGACUUGAUUCAAUAGAAGUUAAGUUUAACAUGUACUAUACUACAAAAAAGGGAAAAUUAAAAUGUAUAUUUUUGUGAUCAAGUGUUUAAGAAACUAGUAGUGUAUUUCCAUUUAUGAUUCAUGUCUUAUGAUUUUUUUUAUAUUAAUUAAAGCAAAUGAGAAAAUUUUUAGCUUAUAAAAAUCAUGCCUAGACUUGAAACAGAUUUAGUACUGUAACAGUUAAUAUUAAUUCACUCAAAUUGUUUUUACUUUUCAUUAUUUCACAACUAUUGUUCAUCUUCUAUAUUAAAAGCUGUAAUGCCAAGU